AUGGCCGGUGUAGGAUCUCCCAUGCCAGGUCAAACCGUGGACCCCAUCGAUGAGAAGUUCCAGAGCCAGCAUAUGGAGUAUGAGAAAGUCGAGGUCAAAGGUGAUUACUCUGGGGCCGUGGCCAAGACGAGCCGCGAGGAGAAGAAGCUCGUCAGGAAGCUGGACAUCUGGAUUAUGGUCAGUCAACUAUUGCCAUCUCUCCCAAAUUUUGACUAA